CGUUGACAGCCAUUGUAAAGCUUGAGAGAGUGUGGCUGUGAGUAAGAGACAGAAGGAAAGAGAGAUGGGAGGAAAUCAAAGGACGAGCAGUAAGAUAUCAAAAUGGUUGCAGGAGAUUAAAAAAGUGAGAGCAUAUUUGUUGGAAGUGUCCAUUCAGUGUGGCUACGCAGGGAUGUUUGUAAUCACCAUGGUUUCUUUGAAUCAUGGAAUGAGUCACUACGUGCUUGCAGUCUAUCGCCAUGUGGUUGCUGCACUUGUUAUUGCACCCUUCGCUCUUGUCCUCGAAAGAGGAAGAAGGCCAAAGGUGACACUCCCCAUCUUCCUUCAAAUAAUGCUGCUUGGUUUUCUGGAGCCAGUGCUUGACCAGAAUUUAUACUAUCUGGGAAUGAAGUAUACCACUGCAACAUUUGCAUCUGCAACUGUCAAUCUUGCUCCUGCAUUCACCUUCAUCAUGGCAGUUCUUCUCAGGUUAGAAAGUGUUAAUAUUAAGAAAAUUCAAAGUCUAGCCAAGGUGAUUGGAACUGCAAUAACGAUCAUAGGAGCCAUGGUGAUGACAUUAUACAAAGGUCCCAUCAUUGAUUUUAUAAAAUCAGGAGGAGGAAGCCACCACAGUGCCAGCAAUGAAUCAGCUACAGGCAAGCAUUGGAUCAGCGGAACCAUAAUGCUCCUAAUCGGUUGCUGCGGCUUUUCAGGCUUCUUCAUACUGCAAUCAAUCACGAUAAAGAAGUAUCCGGCGGAGCUGUCUCUUACAGCUUUGGUAUGUUUAAUGGGAGUGGUGGAAGGCGCUGCUUUGACACUUGCGAUGGAACGUGACAUGAAUGCCUGGAAAAUAGGCUGUGACUCCAGGCUCCUCGCCGUUACUUACUCGGUGAAUGAUUAA